CCCAAUGGAAUACACACUGCAAGCAGGGAUAAAACUUUUUGGGACCCCUUACUCACGUUAUUAUUCCGAGAUCUCGACAGCUCGUCUUCCAGCUGAUGACAUUAAUGAACGGAAACUGCAUGAUGCCCAUAUGACGUUUACUUAAACCAAAGGAAACGCUAAGUUUGCUGCUGAGGUUUGUUCCUGCUGCUGCUGCUGCUGCUGCUCUAAACAACUUCUUCAACUUCAACUUCAGCUGGAAGUGUGCUGUGAGUGUGAAGACUGGCUGGUAGCGUUCCUGUGUGGUGUGUACUGAAGUGAAAUUCUACCUGCACUUCUGUGUUCACGUCCCCUGCGUGAUGGGACACACACGCUUGGCAGUUGUCCUGCUCCUUGCCCUCAUCAGUAUAGCUUCUGCAGACCCACUGUCUCGUAGCCCAUGUGAGUUAUUACCUGUGGGUGAAGGUCAUCCUGUGCAGGCCCUGCUGAAGAGCUACACAGCUAUAUCAGGCUGUGCGAGCCGUGGAACCACCAGCCUCCCUCAGGAAGUUCACAUCAUCAACCUGCACAGCAGCCCUGAAGAACUGGGAGAGAAACCUGAGGUGGCGCUACAUCUGCGGCCCAUCCAGUCUCUGUCCGUGCACAAAAAGCCGCUGGUCUUUGUGCUCAACUCGCCCAAGCCGUUCCAGUGGAAGAUUCAUGCGGCUAACCUGGCUCCUGGAAUUAAAAGGAUCUUCCAUGUAUCAAAUGGUUCUGUUGUGCAGUUUGAGGAUAGAAAUCUGUCCUUCUCUUGUGAGGUGCACAAAGAGACGUUACCACAUGGAAAUGAACACCUGAUGUCCUGGGCUAAACACCUGUAUCGCGCCAUCACGUCCUUUACUGAGCUCAAGAUGACCCACGACGUCUAUAUCAAAGUGGGAGAAGACCCUGUAUUUUCUGUCACCUGCAAAAUCGACAACAAGUUCCUGUCCCUGAACUACCUGGGGAGUUAUAUCCAGCCUCAGGCAUCCACUGGCUGUGUCCUCUCUGGUACAGAUGUUGAUCAAGAGGUACACAUCAUCGAGCUGCAGGCCCCAAACUCCAGCAGUGCCUUGCAGGUGGAUGUGACGGUGGAUUUGAGGCCAGAGGAACCAGAAAUCCCUCUGCACCGUGACAUUGUGUUGCUCCUCAGAUGUGACAAGUCUGUGAACUGGGUGAUCAAGGCCCACAAUAUCAUCGGAAAACUGCACAUAGUGACAUCAGACAGUGUUAGCCUGAAUGCUAGCACGGAGCGACUGAUGCAGGUGUCUAAGGCGGUGAAGCAGAAGCUGCCUGCAGGACCACAGGCUCUGAUCCAGUGGGCCAAGCAGAACAACUACGACCCUGUCACUUCCUACACCAACACUGCGGUGGCCAACAUCUUCCACGUGUGUGUUAGAGAAGCAGAAGCGGUGAAUCCUUUAGACAGCAUGUUUCCCCCAGAGCUCUCUAUCCUGCGAAACACCGAUCCUCACGAACACACCCGCCCCAACCUGCCCUUCCUCUUUCCCCCGGGCCAGAAUCCAUCCUUCUCUUUCCCACCUACCCUGGAGGACCAGGCGUGGUCACAUCAGGGUCCUGAGGAGCAGCGUGGAGCUCUGAGUGGGAUUCUCAGCGUGCGGUGUGAGGAGAACAGGAUGAUGGUCAGCAUCGACAAGGAGAGUCUGCAGGCAACAGGUAUAAGUAAAGCCAAUAUAACCCUGCAGGACCCAAAAUGCAAAGCGACAUCCAACUCCACCCACUACGUGCUGGAAACUCCACUUACUGGCUGCCAAACCACUAAAUACCCCCUGCACCACCCCAGCCGAAUGGUCCUCUACAUCAAUUCCGUCGUGAUCAGACACUCGGACAGCAGGGAUGGUAGCGGCUGGCCAUCAGAUGACGAAGACCUGGAGUCAGGAGACGUGCUGCUCUCAGAGAGAACAUCAUCUGGACACCAGUCUAUCAUCUUGUUUAACUGCACAUACCGUAAGGCUGAAGAUGCUUUUCCUCACUUUACUCAACUCGAUGUUCAAGAAAACGUGACAUUCAGCAUGGAGCUGUACAACACCAGCCUGUUUCGCCACCCACAACCUCCCUCCUUCAUCCAGGUCAUGGAGAACAAGCCCAUUUUUGUGGAGAUCUCAGCCACUAAAGCAGAUCCUGAUCUGAGCUUCAUGAUUCAGACAUGCUUCAUCUCUGCAAAUUCUAAUCAUGAGGUACUGUCUGAUUACGUCCUCAUUGAGAAUAUUUGUCCCAAGGAUGAGUCUGUCCUUUACUACCCUGCGAAAGUGGACAGGAAGCGCUUCAGCUUUAACUUCAGGUCAAAGUUCAAGAUACCUUUGCUGUUCCUGCACUGUGAGAUGUCCAUCUGCUCGAAGAGAGACAACAUGAAUUCAGGACUGCCACAGUGUAUGCAUCCUAACGAGGCCUGCACAUCUGUCAGUGGGGAAACCAUUAUCAAAAUGAUGAUGAACAGCAAAACCUCCACAAAGCCACUGGUGGUCAUCAGUGAUGAAGGUGGUGAUGAUAUCAAUAUUGGGUACACAAACAAAAAAAUGCCUGAUCCCAUAACCAACAAGCCCCAACUGCCUCCAGCUCACAUGUAUGUACUGGACACUCCAACUGUGGUGGGCAUCGCCUUUGCAGCCUUUGUCAUAGGAGCUCUCCUUACAGGAGCUCUCUGGUUCAUCUAUUCACACACAGGUGAUCCAGCAAUGAGACAAACUGUGCCAAGGUCUCCUCCUGCCUCAGAGAACAGCAGUGCAGCUCACAGUAUUGGCAGCACACAGAGCACACCAUGCUCCAGCAGCAGUAACGCAUAGCACGCACAUGCGGGCACACACACACACACACACACACACACACACACACACACACACACACACACACACACAUAAGAUGUGGGCCUGGCAGGUCACCACAUAGGGCUCCAAUCACAUACCUUUUUCAUCAAUAUCAAUUUUGGCUGCUUGCUGAAAGUAAAGGACUGAAUGAUUUUUGUACAACAUCACAGCUUGUAACCGGCUCAGUUUUCAUCCUAAAAUAGUCGGGAAUGUGGAACAGGAGAAGAAACAAAGCCUUGACAAAAUGUGGAUGAAAGAUGAAAAAUGCUGGUGAGGAACCAGACAUGAAAACCCCCUACACCAGGACAUUUAAUUUUCUGCCAUAUAUGGUUGGAAAGACCUGUUGAUAAAAAAGCUUGUUUACUGCAAUCGUUCUUAUGGUGUGGAAGCAUCUGGAAGAUGAGAGAGUUUGAUGCCGAGUGUGUGGCUGCGCGAUGUUUGGUGUGCCAAAGCAAGCACAAUUCGAUUCGUGCAAGAUUUCAGCCAGUUCAUAAUUAAUACAAUGUCUGUCUGGUUUCAGAGCAAUAAUAACCCUAAAGGGAAAAAUAUACUACAUAUUUGACACAAACUACUGCAUUUUAUCCGUUGACAAGACAUUAAUGUUCCAUAUUCCAGUGGAAAAAGUUCUUAAGAAAGAUUUUUUAUUUUUAUUUUAUGUUCCACACGCUGUAUUUCUUCUGUAAGACUUAUUAGAACUGCCAUAAAAGCAUCGCGGCCAAACCAGCAGUUAAUCUUGUAUUUGCCAAUAUUUAAAAGGAUAUGCUUAAGAUAUAAAAUAUAUAUAUUACAGUAUGGUCACUUUAUUACAGAAAAGGCCCAAAAUACAUUAACCCAUUAGAAGAAAUACUAGAUCAUAAUAAUGAAGUUGCAUUUUCAGCAUUCAGGAAUUUUUUUUUUUUUUUUUUUUUUGGCGGGGGGAUUGGGAUUAGUGUCGGAGAAAUGAGCAUUGCUAAGCGCUAAUGUCCCACAGAAAUUUGACAUGAAGAACCUAAUCAGAUCAGGUGCAUUGCAGACCCAGGUUUUCCCUGAGGUAUCUUUGAAAUGAAAUGAUUUUUAUUGGAUUAAAAACAAAUUCCAACCUGCAAUUUGUUCCCUUAGUGUAAAUAGAGCCUUGAUUUCAUUUUCACCAUCAUGAUUUAAACUAGUCAGUAUUGACAUAAUAUUAUUCAUUUAAAAUCAUUAUACACAUUAUAUUGUGUUGUUGUUUUUUUUAAUUACAUAAUUGGCCAAAUUUUUUUUUAAUCGUGUCUCUUUAUAUCAUUGAAUAUUGGUUUGUACGUUAUUCGUUAAGACUAAGCCAAUAUGAUCCUAAUAACCUGCCAAUAAUAGAAGAAAUUCUUAUAUUUUAGGUCUUAUUACAAUAUUGUUGCAUUAUUUUUGUAAUUGAAAAGGUGAAUUGUAGCAAUAUUGGGUCCUCUAGUUUGUAAAUGUCUUGAUAGAGGUUUUUAUCAGAUAAUACAGUUUAUAUAUGGAUUUAUUGUAAAUAAAUAAAUAAAUAAAUAUAAAACUAUUUUUGUAUAUAAAAUAGACAGAAUUUUACAGUGAAAAUGAUUUUAUACAAUGAUAUUAUCCUCAAUCUAUCGAAAGUUUAAGCCAAGCUUAUCACUUAUUUUGAUGUGUUUCUAAUAUAAGAAUCGUAUAUAAUGUAGAUGAUUCCUAAAUAAGAAAUCAUUUAAAGAGGUAUUUAUUUAUUAAUGUAAAUGCCCAACAAAUGUAUACAAUGAUUUGGCUUAAACAACAGAGCAUUUAUUUUAUUAUUAUUAUUAUUUUUUCUUUUUAAUAAAUAUUUGGAAAUUAUCAUGUAUAAUCACAAAAUAUUUUAGAGCAUCUUUCAGAAAGAACUUUAUAUACUGUAGAUAUGAAGAGCAGCUACAGGAAUGAGGAGAAGCAGGAACUUGGUAUCAUGAUCAUUUAAAUUUACGACAGAUCUCCCCUAUCUGACCAUUUCACAGAUUAUAUUAUUGCCGUCAUGGCUAUUAUAUAUUUAUGUGCACAGCAUGCAAUGUACAUUUUAUGUAGAAAUGCAUAAAAAUAGAAGCUGUAACUAUAAGAAAUAUCAAAGUGAUUCAUCAGAAAGGUCUCCAGUAUUAAAAACAGAUAGAACACUUCCGGAUCAGCAGAGUCCCCAGUGUUGAAUUCACUCAUACAGCAUUCAUUUAUUCACACUAUCUGGCCAAAAGUUUGUGGACACUUGACCAUCAUAUCUAUUUGUGUGGGUUUUUUUUUUUUUUGAACAUCUCAUUACAGAUUGAGUCAAUUUUAUUGUUUUAAUAAUCUCAAUUCCUCUGGGAAGGCUUUCCACUAGAUCAUGGAGCAUGGCUUUGGGGAUUUGUGCCCUUUCCACCACAAGAGCAUCAGUGAGAUCAGGCUACGAUGUCGGGUGUAAAGGCCUGGGGUGUGGUCAGUGUUCCUGUUCAUCCUAAAGGUGUUCAGUGGAGUUGAGGUCAGGGCUCUGUGCAGGACGUUUGAGUUCCUCAUGUCAAACCAUGUCUUCAUGGACCUCACAUAGUGCACAGGUUCACUGUCAUGCUGGAACAGGUUUGGACCUCUUAGUUCCAGUGAAGGGAAAUUGUAAAGAUGCAGCAUUCAGAGACAUCCGAGACAAUCGUGCGCUUCCAGUGUUGUGGCAACAGUUUGGGGAAGAACUACAUAUGGGUGUAAUGGUCAGGUGUCACAAACUUUAGCUAUAUAGUACAGCUGGACAGUGUAGCUAGAGAAAAAAUAUUGCUUAGCGAUUUGUUCUUGACAUUUCUGGAGACUUACAGCAAUAAUUCAGCUGAAAAAGAAAUUUGAAGUUUCUUUUUAUCCCUCAUAUAGUCAUUAGCUGAGACAUAUUAGGUUUCUGCACCGUUAAGGGCCCGGUCCCACAACACCGAUAACUAUAACUAUACCUAUAACUACAACUAUGACUAUACCUGUGCCUGAAUUUAGUUCCAGUCUGGAGCAGUCACACCACAACUAUAAUCCCGACUAUAAUAUCUGUUGGUCCUGCCACUCAGAGAAAUAAAUGCAUGCAACUUAUGAAUAGUCAUGGAUGUUUUUCCAAGUAGUAGCACAUUAUUCCGGGUCAUACUGUACAGCUUGGACUUCAAAACAACCCAUGCACAUACUCCAGUGGUUGAUAAAAUACAGAUAGGUCACGGACUAUGGAAAUAUAAUAAAAAAGGACACAAAAUAUGGAGUGGUUAUGGAUUUUAAUACAGAUGCAUCACGGAAGCUAAUAAUUUACAGAUUGGUCACGGACGUUUCAGUAUAUUACAGAUUGGUUACCGAUUUCAUACGGAUGAUGCAUCAUGGAUAAAAAUUAAUUAAAGUUGAAAACACUUAAAUGUUUGGACUGCUGAAGUUCAUAAUUAAAAUAUCUUACCUGCAUUUAUAUGUUUACUUUAUUAAUUUACUAUUGAUAUUUCACGGAACAUAUCACAUAUCCGUGAAUAAAAGAUCCGUGCUUUGUAUUCUAUUUUUUAUUUUGCAUGAAUCUGUAUUCUGUGACUUCAUGAUUCAACAAGGAUGUACAAAGAUGCCCGGGGAAAAAUAGCACGUGCUCAGAUAACGUCACAUGUAAACAGUUACCUGAUUGGUCAGAUGUUUUAUCGGAUCAGGUCCAGGCCUGGAAAAAUCACCCCAGAAGCAAUCUCACCGAUACGGAUAAACCCAGGCCUGGGCUAUACAGUAGGUAUCGUUAUCGGUCUAGCGUGCCCACCAACCACAUAAACUGCAGGGGACCGAUUUAUUUAUGGUUAUCGGUGUUGUGGGACCGGGCCUCAAUUCACCAGUCUCUCACCGCACCAAACAUGUAAAUAAUCCAGUCACACAAAAAAAAGCACAGGUUAGAAAGGCCUCAAACUAACAUUCCAACUAAUGUCUCAUUACUGUGUUGUUAUUGUAUAUUUCCUAUUGCGUUUCCAUACAGGGCUUGGUUUAUAUGCCGUUUAUGGUAGGUGUCGGUCAAAGUGAAGCCAAAGCGAUUCCCACCGUCACAAACAAACAUGAAUGUUACCAUUUCAAACAUGCCUUGAGGUCAGAUCACAUACUGAUGAAAUUAUGUGAGGAAAGAGGGGAGCUGGUUUGGCUUGGUUUGCUUUGUAUACAGCAUGUAAUGUAUCUUCCCAUGUGAAGCUUCAUAAACUCUGUGCAUCUCAUAACUGUGUCACUUGCUGCAGAAUCUAUAGAAUGUAUUUUAUUUUAAAGCUUUUAAGUGCAUGUAAACUUGUAUAGAUGUCUUCGAAACAGAGCAAACAGAGUAUCGAUAUAUAUAUAUAGAAAAAUAUAUUUGUGUAUAAAGGUAUAUUUUUGAGAAAAGCUAAGAUCUAGAGCCAAGCUAUGAUUUUAAUCCUAUACUGUGAAUUCUUUUCAGAUUAAUUCUGUAGACACAAGGAUAUGGGACAUGUUGACAAUCCAGAGUUACACCAAGUUACCAGUUUAUUAUAUCCACCUACCUGCUGUGCUGAAGAUAAUCCUUUACCCAACUCAUAUCUGCUCAGUGAUUGGCCUACAGUGAUGUAUUUAAGAUGGGAAGCAGGAUAGAUGGAGGCUGACACGUUAUACAUAGCAACAGAUGGACUAUAUUCAGUAAUUACAAUUACAAAGUGCACUUAGUAGUAGAUUUAUCUGAUAAACUGGCAACUCGGUGUCGAUUAUUUUAUUUUGUUUUUAUUCCCGGUUGGAAAGUGUUUCCUGUGUGUAGCAUUUUUUUUUUCAUUUGUGUGUCUUUUUUUGUACAUCAACCGAGCACAUGCUUUCCUAUUUGUUGUAUGUGAGUGUGCACAUGUAAGAGUUUUUAUCAUGUUGCCUAAAACUAUAGAGAUUCUUUUGUCUCAAAAAAUAUUAAGAGUAUUAUUAACAAGUAUUAACCAAACUUAGUUUAAAAACAAAACAAAAAAAACAGUCACCCCAUUUACUCCAAGUCAUUACGGGGUAAAAUGCUGUGGUUCGCUGAGUGAGUGCGGCUCAGAGUCCAAGGACCUUUUGUCCAAUUCCAAUUCACCAAAAAACAUGAAAUGUGUGUCCCUUCUUCCAUGACUUUCUUCUCCAUGAAAAAUAUGCCAAAUGUCAGAAGCAUUUUAGAAGCAAAAACAUAUUUCGGCAAAACGUGUAAACAAAAAUCUCAGCAAUGAGAAUAAAGAAAUCAUAAAUUUUCCUUUUAUUUAGAAGUUUUAUUAUAUUCUCAUUAUUAAAACAGUAUUUGGUGUCUCUAUUUUUAAAUUGUGAUUCUUUCUACUGUGCUUGAGAUCUUGUUAUUUUGUUUGGGACUGUUGGCGUAAAAUUAAUUCCCGAAACAACAAUGCUGUCAUGUACAUUGUGACGUUGGAAAUUAUUUAAAAUACAUAAUCCACAGCAGUCUAGUCAAAAGCACACAUUCCUAGGUCAGAUAUGUGUUCAUGUGUUUGUAUUUGUCUGAAUGUUUGCUGUUAUCUACCUCAUUUGUGGUGUGUAUGCAUGGUUGGCUUUGCGUGUGUGUGUGUGUGUGUGUGUGUGUGUGUGUGUGUGUGUGUGUGUGUGUGUGUGUGUGUGUGCGCAUACGUUAUUGAGUUUGAGUAGCUUUAUGUGCUGUUUUUCUGUCCAUUACAUAUACAUUGUAAGAAUCACUAAAAGCUGGAUGUUUGUCAUACCAUAUAUUUAGUAAAUGUUAAUGUGAACUAAAACACACUCAAAGCCGCCCUGUCGACAAAUCAGGUCCGUCUGUUGGCUGUCAUUUCUUGAUCUCAUGUGAAACAUUUCAUUUUUCUGUAAAUAAACUGUGCUGUAAAUCUGCAUGCUCUCUAAAUGUUCUGUAUAUAAAAAAAUAAAGUCGUAUAAUCUUCA